ACAGGCUCUUUUUUCCUUUUUCCAGUGCAUGUUUUGUGUGUGCGAGUCUCGAAUAUAUUGGAGCAUGAACAUUUUGGCUUUGCUCUCAUCGCAGGCUCGAUCGUUGUGCUCUGCGUCCCCGCUCCCUCGCGCUCCGGAUGCUGAUGGAUAAGUCUAUCUCAUUCCGUCCUGCGCUGCAUGCCGAAAUAGUGUGCGGACGGUGGUGGUAGCACACAGCACGACAGCAAAAGCUUGUGUUGUUUUCUUGUUUGAUAUUCCAUUCUUUUUGGUCUAUACAUUUUUUACAUUUCUAGGUUAUGUCCGUCCGUUCGUCCGUUUUGGGCAGCUUAGGUGGUGCGUUUGAUAUAGGGGUGGAUAUAUGCCUGCAGUUUUUCAAUGGUUGCAAUGGGAUGGAUUUACUGGCUAACUCUCCCUUGCAAGCUUUGCACUCUUCGGGGAUCUUGAAAUGCCGAAUCCUGUCGGAAGACCCCUUUCGAUUUUCGGAAAAAUGACCGAUAAAGGAGAAUCAAAAUGGUCCAGAGUUUAAUUGCAGCAAAUUGACAAGACACCUUGAGACCAGCACCAGCCAUCUUUUCGAGUUCACAAACUCCUGCAUUAACGAUUGAGUUUGUUGUCGACCAUCAACAACUUCUGAUGGUCCACCGUCGAAAUCGUCCAGCAUCCUGGGUUGGCAUCUUUAGAAUGUUCGUUCCAGUACAACAAUGUGGGAAUGUUUACUGCAGCGCCUGGAGGGAGUCAGUACUGGACCCAUUGGCAGAACUCAUUCGGUCAGCACAAAUGUGCACGGAUGUUUGCUUCAUGUUUACAAUUUACGUGCGGAACAAAAUUCCUCCCGUCCCCUGUGUUCUGUACCGAAUCCGGCCACUUGUAAUUAAAACCACAUGGUCGAAAUCCAAAUAGACCUGGACCACCGCCAGCGUUUGAGAUUGUUUCCAAACUCAGUGUCAGAAUAAGUCAACAAUCUCGAAGAAGCUGCUGACGAGAGGAUCUUAGCAAGGCGACAAAGAGAUUGUGUUAUUCUCGUCGUCUCAGCAAUUUCAAACGAAUGUUGUUCCUUCUUGGAGAGAAUUUGUACAGGGCUCGAGGACUGCUUGUGCAGUAGUUUUAGAAUCUAGAAGAACAGAACAUUGCAAUCCCUUGAAGGCCCUUUUUCCAGCUCAAGAUCGGCAAUCAUCCGUUCUUGGAAUGGGAUCGACCGAUGUAGGACAUAAUAAACCCAACCUGGGACAUGAACGCGUGCCCAGACGCACCCAGAGCCAGCUUCGCGGCACGCCAAAACAGGCGGUAAUCGAGUUGCUCUACUAGCCUAGGCUAUGUGCCUCGGAGACGAAAUCCAUUUUUGUAGUGGCGGAUAACAGGUUUUCCAAGCGGGUCAUACUAUCGGCAGCACCUUAUUUUUGGAAGACGGUAAGGGGCUAACCCUAAGCCCUCCGAUCGGCCGGCGCAGUUAAAUGUCCAGACGGAUGUCGUAAAAUGAAUUGAGCAAACUGGAGAGAACGAGAGAGAGUCGAAAACUCUGUGUGCUACGGAAUGAACUCUCAUCCGUUGAGCCGUUAAAAACGGGAGAAUGAACCAUUGCUGCUUAAUCGAGCAGAAAUCGAGCAGUUUGAAAAGACUGAUGAGUUGUAAGUUGCGAUGAAGUUUGGUGUUGGAAUGCUAGCGGCACGUUGCAAAAUACGUUGAUCAGAAAGGAUUUGAAGUUUGGUUGUUAUUUCCAUUCCGUUUUCAACGCGCCCAACAGCCGUAACCAUGCGAACCUUUUCUAGGCAACCGAGAGGUAGCAAACGACCCUGAACAGCUCCUGAGCUGUUGGGUCGAUAUCGACUGAGCAGUGGGGCCAGCUGCCGACGGUUUCACCGUCACAAACCGUGGUUCCGUCGUGUGUUGACCAUCAUCGCGGGCGUGUUCACCCACCGAGCGACCCAUCAUGUCGACGCCGAAACCGAUCCUGAAUGCGGAAAAUCUCGCCCUCACCAACAAGCGCAUCGGCGAGCUGAAGAAGAAGGUGAUGCUGGCCGAGGGCCAGAAGAAAGCGUACACCGAGGAGUGGAACGACAAGAAGAAGGCCCAGAACGACCGGAUGGCCGAGCUGCGGAAGGAGGUGCGGGACCUCACGAACAAACUGUCCUACCUGCACAACCCGACCAGCGCCAAGGCGCAGAAGAACGUGCAGGAGAUCAAGCGGCGCGUACCGUUGCCACCCGGUGCCAAGUCGGUCGCGGACGCGCUCCGCAUCGUCGACCUCAAGGUGAUCGAUCUGCACAAGCAGACGGACGUGGCCGAGGACCGGAUGCGGAAGCGGGAGCGUCACUUCAAGCAGCUGGUCGAGCAGUACCAGGCGCUGGUCGGCUACCGGGACGCCAAGUGCGACGGCUCGAACCCGCCGGAAACGAUCGAGGAGGACGCAAACCGGAAGCUGAUCACGCGGCUGGAGAACGAGAUCCACCGCACGACGGUGCAGUGGAUGGAGGCGGAGCACAUCCGGAAGAAGUACCGCGGCAUCAAGUCGUCGCUGAUGCGCGACGCGGAAAAGUUCGAAAGCUCACUGCUGGAGCUGGAGCAGGCGAUCACCGAGCAGCAGGCAGAGAUCAACAAGCUCGAGGAGGUGCACAAGGAGGCGGUCCAGAUGCGGGACAGCACCAAGACGAUACUGCAGCGGCAGGAGCAGACCACGCACUACUCGAACAAGGCGCGGGAAAAGCAGGCACAAGACUUCCGCCGUCAGGUGGAGGAGCGGAAGCUCGAGCUGGAGCGCCUGGAGCGGAAGAUCUUCUCGUCGGGCAAGACGCUCAUCCACCAGGAGAGCAUCUUGUCCGGCUCGGGCGAGCACGGGCGGGGCGGCGAGGGCGGGGACGACGGGAGCAGCCUGCACGACAAGGACGGCGCAUCCGAAAUGGAGCAGAAGUUCAAGAAGCUGAUGCAGGCGACCGGGGUCAGUGCGGCGGGCGAGGUGGUGGAUCGGUUCCUGGCCCAGCGGGAAGCGUCCGCCCGUCUCACGUACCUGCGGACGGUGACGGAGAACGAGAAGAAGCAGCUGGAGGCGCAGCGUGAGCUGAUGAAGGCCCAGCUGGACGCGUUCAAGUUUGCCGACGUGAAGGACAGCGAUGUCAACCAGGAGGAGCUGGAAAAGAUCAAGAACUCGAUCGAGGAGCAGAAGCAGCGGCGGGAGGAGUGUGACAAGGCAAUCGAGUACACGCGCAACGUGUUCGAUACGAUCAAGGAUGCGCUGAUCGAGCUGCUGCUAAAGCUGCGCGAGAUCGAGGAAAGCCUCGACACGGCCUCGCCGUACGGCCGCCGGACGCCGCUCAAGCCGACCGAGCUGAAGGACAUCACCUCCGGGAAGCUGGCGGUCGAGGAGCUGGGCAAUCUGCUCGAGGAGCGCAUCAAGCUCGGCCUGAUCGCGAGCGGCCAGCUGACGGCAGACGCCGACAGCGGCCUGUCCGAGGACGAGGGUGAGACGGACCGACCGGUACCGGCCGGGGUUACCGUGUCGCCGACCGGUACGUCGACCAUCACUCCAGUGCCGGCCACGCCGACCGCACUGCAGCAGCUGUCGCCGGGUCCGGGCGUUGCAGCCGCGGCGGCGGCGUCGACAGCGCCAGCAUCGGCCGCCGGAAGUAGCAGCGCGCUGUCCACCUCGUCGCCGGCGGAGGAUCGCGAAAAGCCACCGGCCUACCCGCCGGUGUACAUGAACCUGAUCGCGGGCCGCACCACCACCCAGAUCUCGUCCACCUCACCCGGCCAGGGCACGACCGUGGUGCUGUCGGACGACGAGGGCGACGUGCCGUCCCGCAGCUAUCUCAAGCGGCAGGCGAACAUGAUCAUUGAGGCCAAGUCGCGGCGCAAAGGCUUCCGGAUGCCGGUACCGAAGCGACGCUAAAGCUGCGGCUCGUUUUCGGACUUCUUUUGCUGCUGAAGAACGAUCCAGACAAAAUCAAUAAAUAAAUAAUCGCGUACGCGUGCUGUUUCGUUUGGCUAGUAUUAA